CCUGGCGCCGGCCCUGACGAGGACUAGGUCGGCCGGGGACAGGGGCCCCGGCUUGCGGAGCACGGAGGGACGGCGGCGAUCGCCCCCUGGUCUCCCCGGGGACCCUCUCUCCCAACUCUGCAGCGCUAGCGGCGGUGGAUUUCCUGGCUGAGCAGAGUUGUUCCCCGCGUCCGUCCAGUGCACGGCCGUCUGCUGGGGCGAGAGCUCUGCGGGGCUGAGCGCGUGUACGCCUCCAGCCCACCGGAGCUGGGCUCCGAUCCGGCCGCUCUGCGACCCCCGACCGGCCCGGCUCGCGCACCCCAGCCUCACCUGGAGGGCACCUGGUUCUCCUGCGGCCACCAUGGCCGGGGGCUGCGGACACGCGGGAACGCAGGAUAACGCCAAUUUUCCACGGAUCCUUUGAAGUGUCCCCGUUCCUACGAUGAUGGACAAGGCAUGGGUUGGAAGUGGAGCCUGUCCACCAACCUGAAGGCCACCAGCAUCAUGUGGUUAGUAACUGCUCCUCAUUCCCCAAUUGAUGCCUCCCAGAAAAAAACGCCCGCCACGGUGUCAGAAAGCCCCGCUGCUAUUCCACCAACAACCACUGGAGGGCGCCAAGCACCACUAUGGAUCUCAGCUUCCUGCCGUGGUCACCCACACCCGUCAGGUGCCCAGCAAGCCCAUUGACCACAGCACCAUCACUUCCUGGAUAUCACCUCAGUUUGAUAGAGCAGCAGAAAGCUGCUUCCCAGCACACCAGAAACAACCCUGCAACCCAAGACGACAAUCAAGUCGGAAAGUCACCACGUCCAAGUUUCCACAUCUAACUUUUGAGAGUCCACCACCUUCUUCCAGCUCAGAAACCCUGGAGAUCCCCUUCAGCAAGGAGCCAGAAAAGGAAGCUUCCAGAAGGCCCUUGGUUCCGUUGCUCAGUCCCCAGAGCUGCGGCGAGCUGUCUGUGAAUUCCCUUGGGAGCUUCCCUCAUGUGUUCCUUCCUCCCGACAUCCAGACCCCGGACUCAUCUUCCACGAGGGGAGAGCCCCUGUCCCCCAUGCAGAAGGAGAACAGGCACCCAGGCCUCCCCCUUCACCUCGCUACCCCCGGCAGCCCGGAGCCUGGGCCUGUGCUGGUUAAAGACACCCCCGAAGAGAAGUACGGGCUGAAGGUCACAUGGAGGAGACGCCGGCACCUGCUGGCUUACCUCACGGAGAGGGGGAAGCUGAGCAGAAGCCAGUUCUAUGUGAAGAACUGACCGGCUUCCCCAGCAGCCGCCCCCUCUUCAGCAGCCUUGAGAAUGGCUGCUGUCACUUUUUGGCACGCAGGCGACCGUUUCUGAGGAAUAAAAUGAAGCCCAGAGGCCUGAGGGAAUUCAAUUCCCAACUGGCUUUUUAAGAAACUUGUGCAGUGAAGAGUGAAAUCCAGUGUCACAGACUGUUCAUGUUUUUUCUCAUAUUAGCUGUUUAAAAAGUUUUUUAAAUAUCCUGAGACUGUUUAAAAUAUAUUACAUAGAUAGAUGGUUGCGAAAGUUUAGAGAACUGUCGGUGGGGCAGCAGAGUUGCGCCUCCGCCCGAGGUGUGUGCGUGGUGUCUGUCACUGCUCACUCUUCAACCCCCGCACUCGCACUCAUCCACUUUUGUUUUUUCCUGGUUGCAGACAGAAAAAUGUAUUUGUGAAGGGACUAGUGGGAAAAGAAGAAGGAAGCAAAAGUACCUCCCGGGAGAAAGCCAGGAGUGGGGUGCCUCUCGGGAGAGGGAGAGACACCCCAGACGAAUCCAUGCUCUGAGGCCCAGUGUCAACUUUCUGUGACCAGAAGGACAGAAGGACAGGAGAGGUCAGAGCGAGGCCUGUGGCCUUGCAGUGUCUGACUGCCACCUCUGACCUUGGCCGCGAAGGGGCAGCCAGCCCUUCAGGGAACACGGUGGGGUCAGAGCUGAGAGGGACCCUCUGGUGGGUCACUUGGAAUUUCGCUGUGUUUCCAAUCUGUUCCCACCCCCCAGAAAUCGCAAAUACUAACUAGGGUAUGAACUUGGUUUCUUACAGUAACUGUUUAGAUGGGGGAUGUGUAUAUGUAUAAAUAAACAUGGGCCCUUUGGAAUG